AUGGCGGCCCCCGGCGCCCGGGGCUCCAGCCUCGCGGGCCUGCUCCCGGCUCAGACAUCUCUGGAGUACGCCCUGCUCGACGCCGUCACCCAGGAGGAGAAGGACAGCUUGGUCUACCAGUAUCUGCAGAAGGUGGACGGCUGGGAGCAGGACUUGUCAGUGCCCGAGUUUCCGGAAGGAUUAGAAUGGCUGAACACUGAAGAGCCUAUUUCUGUCUACAAGGAUCUGUGUGGAAAAGUAGUCAUCCUUGAUUUCUUCACCUACUGCUGCAUAAACUGCAUUCAUCUACUGCCUGAUCUUCAUGCAUUAGAACACACAUACUCUGAUAAAGACGGUCUUCUGAUUGUUGGUGUUCACUCGGCUAAGUUCCCAAAUGAAAAAGUCCUGGAUAACAUUAAGAGCGCCGUUCUUCGAUACAACAUCACCCACCCUGUGGUUAAUGAUGCGGAUGCCAGCCUUUGGCAAGAACUAGAAGUCUCCUGCUGGCCAACUUUGGUCAUACUUGGACCUCGUGGAAAUAUGUUAUUUUCUUUAAUUGGAGAGGGACACAAAGAUAAAUUAUUUUUAUAUACUUCAAUAGCUUUAAAGUAUUAUAAAGACAGGGGACAGAUCAGAAAUCAUAAAAUUGAAAUAAAACUCUAUAAAGAUUCUUUGCCACCUUCACCAUUGCUGUUUCCUGGCAAAGUAACGGUAGACCAUGUUUCUAAUAGAUUGGUAAUAGCAGACACUGGACAUCAUAGAAUUUUGGUCGUCCUGAAGAAUGGGCAAAUUCAGUACAGCAUUGGAGGACCCAACCCUGGAAGAAAAGAUGGAGUAUUUUCAGAGUCAACUUUUAAUUCACCACAGGGGGUAGCCAUAAGGAAUAAUAUCAUAUAUGUGGCAGAUACUGAAAACCACCUUAUAAGAAAGAUUGACCUAGAAGCUGAGAUGGUGAGCACUGUAGCUGGCAUUGGGAUUCAAGGUACAGAUAAAGAAGGUGGAGCUAAAGGAGAAGAACAGCCCAUUAGUUCCCCCUGGGAUGUGGUUUUUGGGACAUCAGGUUCAGAGGUCCAAAGAGAUGACAUUCUCUGGAUAGCCAUGGCAGGGACUCAUCAGAUAUGGGCACUGCUCCUGGACAGCGGCAGACUACCAAAGAAAAAUGAGCUACAAAAAGGAACCUGCCUUCGGUUUGCCGGAAGUGGAAAUGAAGAGAACCGAAAUAAUGCGUAUCCUCACAAGGCCGGCUUCGCCCAGCCUUCAGGUCUUUCUCUGGCCUCUGAAGAGCCCUGGUGCUGCCUGUUUGUAGCAGACAGCGAGAGCAGCACCGUGAGAGCUGUGUCACUGAGGGACGGGGCGGUGAGGCACCUUGUAGGAGGAGAACGAGACCCCAUGAAUUUAUUUGCUUAUGGUGACGUUGAUGGAGUAGGAAUCGAUGCCAAGCUUCAGCACCCACUUGGAGUAACCUGGGACAAGAAAAGGAAUUUACUUUACGUGGCAGAUUCUUAUAAUCACAAGAUUAAAGUUGUGGAUCCCAAAACAAAAAACUGCACAACAUUAGCAGGAACCGGAGACGCAAGUAACGUUAUCACUUCCAGCUUUACCGAGUCAACUUUUAAUGAACCAGGAGGCUUGUGUAUUGGAGAGAAUGGCCAGUUAUUAUAUGUAGCAGACACCAAUAAUCAUCAAAUUAAAGUGAUGGAUUUAGAAACAAAAACGAUUUCUGUGCUCCCAGUCUUCAGACCUGAAAACGCUGUUGUAGAUGGCCCAUUCCUAGGAGAAAAACAGAAGACAUUACCCAAACUACCUAAAUCCGCUCCAAACAUUCGACUUCCCCCACUGGCUGCAUCUCCAGGACAGACUCUGCAGUUCAAGCUAAGAUUAGACCUCCCAUCGGGAACAAAGUUAACCGAAGGAGUACCCAGUUGUUGGUUUCUAACAGCUGAAGGCAAUGAAUGGCUUCUUCAAGGACAGAUACCCUCUGGAGUCAUCGAGAGCAUUUCCAGUCAACCAGCCAUCUCACUGCAGAUCCCUGGAGAUUGUCUAUCACUUGAAGCCAUUCUAUCUAUCAGCGUGUUUCUUUAUUACUGUAGCACAGACAACAAUGCCUGUAUGAUGAAGGGAAUUAUGUUCAGUCAGCCUUUGCAAAUAACCAGUGCACAACCAGGGUGCAUAGCUCCAGUAGAGCUCAAGUAUGUAUUUUAGCAAGCCAGUCAGCUACCCAGUCACCAGAGCCCCUGGCCUCCACCCUCACAGUCACUGUACCUUACGAAAAGCAGCUUUAUUUCUGCCUCUGGGUACCAGGAGACCCAUUGCUCAGUUCUAGCAACUGAUACUGAGAUAAAGCUACGCUUCAUAUUUACUUAUCUAUUAUAAACAAAUUCCUUCAUUCUGGCUGUGUACCAGCUAAAUCACUGACCAUCAUUUGAACCGUGAUUUUGUACUUUGUGCUAUUUGGCACAAAACUUAAAUCCACACUGUAGUCUAGACUAUUAUCAUGAAGAUAAUUUGCAAUGAAUACUGAUAACAAUAAUGAAACCAAAUAUUUUAACUUUUUCUAUCUUUAUUAGUAGCGAGUAGCACAUUUAAAUACAUAAAUUUCACAAUAACUUUAAACAGAACCUAAGAUCCAGUCCACAUGCUGGUAUAAGGACACCUGCCAUUCAGGGCCUAAGGUCUGUUUUAAGCCAAAAAAAAAAAAAAAAAAAAAAAAAAAAAUCACAUUACAGAAGCUUAAAGAGUAUCUGGGUGGUAAAUGUGUUCUCUGUUCUCUAUGAUUCUCUCAUCUGAGAGCAAUGUAAAAGAGAAUUUCUAUUUUUAUUAUAAAUUAUUUGCUAUUUUAACAUGCCAUUAUUAAUGCCUUAUAACUAUAUACAGAAAAAGAGGUCUAAGGAUGUACAGACUCAAUUCCUGAACUUUUUCUAAUUGAAUACAGUCUUAUCGGGUAAUAAGUGAGGCCCCAGAAAUACUACACCUUUCAAGGAGAAAGGGACUUCGGGACCUAUUACUAUCUGUGAUGCUAUUUAUGAUAAAGAAUAAAUUGUGACAGCUGAAUCUGAGUAAAUGGGUAUAUACGUUGUCUUAGAGGUUUAAAUUUCACCUGUAAGCAUUAAAGUAUGCAGAUUCGUUGGAUUUGGGGUUUUUUGGCUCCCAUAUACAGAACUUAAAUUAUGGUCAUUCAUUGUGAUGUUUUUUAAAAAAUCGCUUUUAAGCCUUCAAGGAAAGUUUUAGUGUGAAGCACUUUCAUUCUAUUAAUAUGUAUAUAUAUUUAUUACUCUUUAAAAUAUUAGGGCUGAAACAUACAGUGAUUAAAUGACACUGGGGAAGUUUUUAACCCCAAAAGAAAUUGCCAGUAGAAGAUAAUGGAAAGUUUUUUUCUUACCAUAAUUUCCCUUUAUAACUAUUUAAAAGCCUAUUCUUGUUUUUACUACAACUGAUUCAAUAUGUUUGUGAUUUAAUCAGCUUACAGGAUUUUGAAAAUGUCAGGUAUAAACUAUAUUUCCCCAAUAAAUAUUUAUAGGCAAGAUGACAUAAUAUGCCUUUCCCCCCUUGAGAAACAAAUUUGAACUAUAAUCUUUGGACUACCAUCAUCUGCCCAUUUUUCUUUUUGAAAUACAAUUUUGAACAUAUUAAUAGCUUCAUUUACUCAGGUUCUCUAAAUCUCUGAAGUAAGGACAUGCAUAGUCAUGAUUUGGAUUUAAUUUGUAAUCUGCUAAAGCUAUUUUUAAAGAGAAGCAUAAUGCAAAGUUAAAAGGAAUCUUGUUUAAAGUUAUUAUAUAAUUACCUCAUAAACCUUUUCUUUCCAUAAAAAGCAUUCAGUAAUAAAGGAAUGAAUAACAUUAAUAUUCUUUUAUGGAAAAUAGGCUGAAGUCCUGUUUUAAUCUAAUUUGAAAUAUUCUACUUCUCAUUUCCAUUUGGACAUAUGAGAAUAUUUUGGGUUAAUCUUUUCCUAUUUAAAAAGACAUAAACAAUUUCACUUCCUGGGAAAGAAGUAUAUAUGGUUUUAACCCAAUUCAGAAAUUCCUGGUAAUUUUUCAAUACAAUAUACAAACACACAUAUGUAUUAUGUAUCUCUAUUCCUUUUGUCUAGACAGUUUUCAGUUAGUAUUAAGCUUAUAUUUUCUUUCAAAAUAGUUUUAUUGAACAUUCUUAGUCACCAGUAUGCACUAUUUCUUACAUUAAAAAUAUGAUUUAUGUGGAUUUAGUAUGAUUUUUUAUGAAUCCUACUAAAGCAGUAUAAGUAGGUUCCUAGAAUUUAUGACUAACAUAAACCUCUUACAUAAGAGGAAGCACUAGAAAGUUUAUUUUUAAAAACUUCUUGAUCCUUGUCUGCCUUCUGUUUUCUAUAAGGACUUGCAUUUUUUUUUUAGCUUUAGCUUUUCUUGUAUCAAUUAUGUCCAGUGAUAGUUUAAAAAGAGUCAGAUUUUAGUAUAAGUCAUCUUAAUCGAAGUGCCAGUAAUGUGGCAUCACACACACUUUGACACGAUACCUGGGAUCUUUGCCCUGAAUUCUUGUGCUGUUUUUUGUCACUAUUUUUCCCAUCACUCUCUGGGAUAUUAUUUCACAAGCAGUAGGACUUUUUUUUUUUUUCUGAAUUUAUACUCAGGAUUAAUAGGAUCCCUGAAAAGAACUUUGCUUAUCUUAAAUAUGCUGCCUCAAGCAAAUAUUUAACCUACUCACAAGGAAAAACUUUACAGUUGAAUCACCCAUAAGUGUAAUUCUGGCAAAGUUCAAUGACUACAAAACAGUUUUCCCCCUGACUGUUCUAAUUAAAACUAUAGUUAUAGUAUUAUUAGGUCUGCAGAAAGCUAUAAAUCUUAACACAGCCAAAAAUAUGUCACACGUGCUGAUGAAUAUAUAUGUGUAUGUGUGUGUGUGUGUGUGUGCGUGCACGCGCACAUGCAUGCACGUGUAUAGACAUACACAGAUACAAAGAUCAAGUCAAGAACUUCUCAUCUAAGUUUCUCUUAUGGGCAGAAUACUUUUGGUUAGUAUCACCAAAAUAAGUUACUCUCUGCUUGUUUGUCCAUGGUUGGAAAUUUUAGGAAAAAACUGAAAAUAGAUAUCUGUAAUAAUUUUCUGCCUGCACAAAAUUUAUUGUAUCUGCCAAUUAAAAAGACUUCAGUCUGGCCCUUGUAUUUGGUAUCGUGUUUAAGAACAAUCAUCAAAAACUAAAUUCCAUAGUUUACAAUUGCAUAAAAAUAUCUGGGAGGAACUAUGUCAAUGGUGGUUCUCCUCAAUGAUAAAAUUAUAAAUAUUUUAAUUCAACUUGCCUUUUCAGUGAACAAUGUGUUAUUUUCAGGGGGAAAAAGUUUUUUUUAAAGAUUUAAAGUGAAACUGAAUUUAAAGGAAAACUGAAUUGGAAGCACUGAUGUAACUUCUAAAAUUACCUUUAUUGCAAGGAUCAGAACAUAAUUUGGAAUGCUUUGAUCUAUUGGUUCUCUUAAGUAUGUGAUUUGGUAAAGACAGAAAUGAUUAGGACUUUUUAUUCUGGUGUUUUUAUUGUGUAAUGUGUAGAGGUUAAGAGCACGUGCUCUGCAGGCUCUUGGACUCUAACCCUAUAAAAUGGGGCCACUCUACCUGUUUUAUGGGGUCGCUAUAAGGAUUCAAUGAAAUAGUGUUUGUAAAGCUUUUAGUAAUUAAUGGAGCUGCUACUUAUUAGCUAAUGAUGAUCAUUUAUGACCAUAAAUAUCUAGCUUGACAUUUUCUUUGCAAUUGCAAUUCUAAAGGAAAAUAUUUCUCAACCAUCUAUUUGAUAUGUUAAUACUCCCCAUAGAGUUGGGACCCAAUAAGAGAAACACAGUUUUAUAAUAAAGUGUAUUACUAUUUAUAAAUGAUGUUAGAGUUAGAAGCCUACAGUUUUGUGAAAAUUUUCUUAAACCCAGAACUACGACUAAUUACCUUCCUUGGAGAGGGUCCACACGUACUCACCCUGCACCCAUGCCUGUAAUACAGUCUGAUGGUGCUCCACAAAAUCUUCAAAGUGCCUUCAUGCAAUUUGCCUCCUUUGAGCUUCCGAGUAACCUAUGAAUCAGACAAAUAGAUGUUACCUCCAUUUUAAAGAUGAGAAAAUGGCUCCAGAACGUCGGUGACCAUAUCUCAAGCUCUCAGAGUAAUACGUCAGACACUGGAGCAGUGCCUGGCACAGGCUGUCGUUGGACCAGUCUCGUGGAAUGGUUAAAAAGGUGAAUCGUGAGUGAUCUUUUAUUUGAAUACCGGUUUCCUGCCUCCUGCCUACUUCCAGAUGUAGAGUGAAGACAGCCCUCGGAAUUAAGAGCACUUGCUUCUGUGAAUGCUUUCUCAAGCCUGUGUGGUAUUUACAGAGAGCUGAAUAUAUUGAGUGCUCAGUAUGUGCCUGGCACUUUUCUAAGUGCUUUUCACGUAUUAGCUCAUUUAAUCUUCACAACAGCCUUCUGAGAGAGGUUCUAUUUUUCCUUAUUUCCCUGACGAGGAAACCGAAACAAAAGAGUUACAAGCCUUUCCACCAGUAUACUCAAGAUCACCCAUUUAGGAAGUGGCCAGGCCUGGAUGCGUCUGUGCUGAACUACCAUGCUAUACUGCCUCUCAAAAGUAAUUUGUUUUAAACCUACAUCUUUUGAAGCUAUAUAUAGUAAAUAAUAAUCUAAAGAAUCCAAAAAGUCCUAGUGAUGAUUGUUUUUGAAGUUUAACUUAAAUCCAUUUAACCGUAUUAGCUCUUUGACUUUUCAUUAUACGCUCUUAUCCUUCAUGGCUUGGAACAGACUGUAUACUUUUGUUUCCCAAAAGAUUUUAUGUACUAUUCUCUCAAAUUCAGAUGUCAUCCAGGAUUUUUCUUGGCAGACGGAUGUAUUAAGGAAUUAAGUAGAUUUUUCAGUGUUAGCUCCAACAAUGCUAUUUUAAUUGGUCUUCAAAAGGUAAUUAUAAGACCUUGUCAUAAAGGAUAACUUAAUCCUUAGAACAGGACUGUCUCACAACCUAAAAAUUUUGGUCAUAUUUAAGAACAUUUUAAUAACCAAAGGGAGUUCCAGAAGCAUAGUAUUUGGCCAGUCUUGGUAACACACAAAGUUCUCUGCUUACUCGUGUCAUAAAUGGCAUAAAUGGCACUGGAGGUAAGACCUCCCCCCCCCCCCCCCCCCAGUGACUCAAAUAUAUGCAAUUCUAUUACCGUAAACCUAUUCUAGGGUUAGGUACUGAAAGUGUGAAGUAAAAUGUUACCACUGUAACUCCGUGAUCAUCUAGGAACAAGAUUAUAAACAUCUUUUCAUUAAAUAGUUGGCUAAUUUAAAUCAUUAGAACUUGUUAAUUGCUAUAAAAUCUCAUUCCUGAAACCCAUAAGGAAAUGUAAAACUCAAAAGGUAAUUACUGUGUCAUACUUUAGAAGUAGAAUUCACUGUUAAUUGCCAAGAUUUCCUCCUCUUUCUCCUGUGGCAUGUACAUAGUUGAUUUAAAUGAAGAAUUCACACUAACCAUAAAUCUCCAUUUUGCCCUGAAUAAUUGUUUUCCCCAUGUUCUUGCAGUAGGGUAACAAAGAGUAGUAUUAGAAGUUAGGGUCUUACUGAUCUGUCUACAUGUGUUCCGUGACCAGCAAACCUUGGCCCUUUCGCACAGCAGACCUACAGGUUCCACUGGCUACUUCUGGCUUCCGGGCAGCUGGUCUGACCACCCAGGACCUGGGCACAGUGGGCCAGGAGGCAGCACUAGGCAGCUUUUCUGAUUGCUACCCUUCCAUUUCCUAGUGUGCUCAUUGGGUUUCAUUAUUUUCCAAGGUUCGAGUUGAGCAGUGAAAAUUCUAGAUCCUGGUUGUGGGAUGUUUGCCUAGUUCGAGUUCUCCGUUGUCUGGGGUGUCCCUUCUUCGAGGCAUGGCGCUCUCGAGUACACCCUAGGGCAUUACAUUCUGUUGAAAGCCCCAACCAAAAGGAAAGAGCCACGAGUAUUUCCAACUAUGCCUCCCUGCCUCUGCCGGCAACCAUACGCUAAAAAACACUAAACAAGCACAAAGCGUUGCUAAACGACCAUAUACUCAGGCCUUUUGGUGACUGCCAGGGCAUGGUGUGAAUUCCUUCCUCUUCUAGCAGCAACUUACAGACCUGAUGUUUUUCAGUGAUACAGAGUUCGGCAAAAUUUGUCAAUUUUUGAAAACCUGAGACUGAGUUACAUGGACAAACAUCUAUUUGAAAUAAAGUGAAAUGAGCCCUCAUAAUGCUGAGAAAUCGGGGGGAAAAAAACAGCCUUCAGAUUUAAAUAUGCCCAGUUUGAACAGUAUUUCCAUGACUCUGGUGUGCUGUGCUCAUAAAUAUCUGCUAAAACAUAGAGGGCAAAACAGUAGUUGAUAAACUAUGGUAAUGAAGGGUAAAAAUAGACCUGUUCCUUUCUCAAAAUGUAGAAGGACUCUGCCAUGUAACAAUCUUCUAUUGUUAGAAUCUGUGGUCAUUAUUCUUAAUGCCACCAGAAUUACAAUCAUUCUGUGGGUAUGUACAGGAUGGGCUGCCUGCCCUGCUCACUAUGCUGUUCAAAACCAACAAGUUUUUGCUCGUAUAGAGUUGAAAUGUGUUGUUCACGCACGCCUCAGAUACUCGUCAUCCCGAUUUACCUGUAGAAUACAUACUACCAUUUCCUGUCCACACCUUAGGCUUCCCUCUCUUUAAAAACAAUGGUAGUUUCUAUAGAGGUUUCAGCGAGGAGCUAUGGCUCUACGGCAGAAAGGUUUUGGUGUGGCAAAUUCUUUUUUUCUAGAAUUCCUAAUAGUAUCUCAGUUUCCAGAGCAGAACCGUACCCCCAUGUGCUUUUAAUUUCUCUCUAGUCUGCAAUAUACCUUCCUAAUUAUAUUCUACAUAGGUUAUUUUUUUUUUUUUUUUAAGUUUGAAAUUCUCACUGUCAGGGGUGCAUUGAGAACCAGUUUCGAAAUACGUUCAUUGCUUUAAUUACUUUACAUGUGGUUUGUGGACAGAGUUUGCUGUGUGCUUGAGAUAUGUAUGUAUAAAACAGAUUUCCAAAUUGUAACAUCUCAUAACUUUGUCAUAUUUUAGAGACUCAGACUCUCGCAUCUUUUGUGUGGAUAAAGUUGUGUUUUUAUUUUUGAAAAUACAGUUGGUCUGCUGUGCUGACUUCAUAUCUGUCAUUCCAAAGGUUUAUUUUUUUCUCCAAAGAUUAAAAAAUGCAAUGAAAAUCUAAUUGAGAACAUCACAUAUUGAUAUUUCCAUCCAUACUCUAACUCUAAAAAUGUUUGUGGUCUGCUUUUUUAAGUGUUUCAUGUAGACAGAGUAAUAUAUUUUUAUAUAACAUUGUAUUUCUACAUCGAUCUCGACUAUUUUCAGUGAUGUGAUGCUUUCCGGUGCACGUGUUAACAGAAGAUCAUUUGGAACAACUGUGCACACCGGCCCUCAUUACCAACUCAAAAGAUGUGUAAUACGUGUGGUUAUAAAAGCAAGAAUGUGUUUAUACUCUAUACUGAAACCUAAUGCCUCUUUUCUAAAACUUUGCACAUUUUGUUCAUGAAAUAGAUUAAAUAUUUUCUCUCUAAA